AUGCUUAGUUUUCUAGGGCAAAUCAUUAAUCUUCUAAUCGUUUUAAAAGUUCUCACCACAAUUCCCCAUCCGCUUAUUGUGCCAAUUGUACCAGGCGUUAACCAAAAACCCAUAGGAAUGAUGAGUUCAAGUCAUGCGGAAAUGUUUUGCAAAGGCUUUUUACCAUGUCAGGAAAAACAUUGUUUUCAAAACAAUGAGCUGUUAUUGGCACCAAUGAAAUGGGAAGUUAAGAGGAGAGUUUUUUGA